GCGCCAUUUCAACGCCCCACCCAAAAUUCCUCCCGUUCUUUCGGCCUCAGUUUAUCCUCUACUUCAAUUUUGUUGCUAAACCCAGUUCAGUUCAACCUCAACUGGAAUUGGAAACGUAAUUCCGCGAUGAAUUUGCUCACUAUUAACUGUCGUUGCAAAUCAACGAACGCUGCUUCCACCUUCAAUCCACUCACAUGGCGGAAUUCUACCUUCAUCGGAAGGUUACUGGGCUCAUUGAUGUACAGAGGGUUCUUCCCACAGGAUUAUGGAGUAGGUCAAAUGUAAAGCAGGUUUAUGCAAAGCGGAAACCCGCGAGGAAGCUUGAAAGAACGGGAGAGGAAGUUUCUAUACCGUCCUCUUCUGUUGAUGAUAAUGCUCAAGAUAUGAAGAUGAACUCUUCCGAUAGUUCAUCUAAGAACCGCUUGAUUAAUAUCUCCUCAAGGAGUUCUGUGGUUCAGGCUUGUAUAAUUACUUCUGGUUUGAUUGCUGCUUUGGGAGUGAUAAUUCGACAGGUAUCUCAUGUUGCAUCGAUAGAGGGAUUGCCAGUGAUUGACUGCACCUCAGAAGUAUCAUUUAGUUUUGAGAUGAGGCAACUUCAGUUGAUUACAGGACUGGUUGUUCUAAUAUCUUCAUCCCGAUUUUUACUGUUGAAAAUAUGGCCGGACUUCGCGGAGUCUAGUGAAGCAGCGAAUCGACAGGUGCUCACUUCUCUUCAACCUAUAGAUUAUGCGCUAGUUGCCUUUUUGCCCGGCAUUAGUGAGGAAUUGCUUUUCCGUGGCGCAUUGAUACCGCUCUUGGGAUUCAACUGGGCAAGUGUCAUGUUGACAGCCGCCAUUUUUGGCAUUCUACACUUGGGGGGUGGCCGGAAGUAUUCAUUUACAAUAUGGGCAAGUUUUGUUGGACUUGCAUAUGGUUAUGCGACUAUCGAAUCCUCCAGCAUCGUCGUGCCGAUGGCUUCUCAUGCAUUGAAUAAUUUGGUUGGAGGAAUUCUUUGGCGCUACCAGUCAAUGAAUUUGGAGAAUGGUGAAGAUCAAAAAUGAUGUUGAUGAAUUUAUUGAUUAACAGAUAUUUGCUUGGAUAAGCAUCUGUGACAAAUUCAUUCCAUCAAUGGGUAGACAAGUAUUAUUCAUUUGGGACUUU